AUUAUAUCUGAGCCUGCAGCCAUGGUCCUGGAGGAUAACGAGGGUGACUCUGUCUUUGAGCCCCAGAUCACUGAGGAGCACAUUGACACUACAUAUGGGAAGGUCCACUGCAUCAUGACAGGGACGCCACGGGCAAACCGACCUGUCAUCCUGACUUAUCAUGAUAUUGGACUGAACCACAAGUCAUGUUUUGAGCCUCUGUUCAACCAUGAGGACAUGCGGGAAAUCGUCAAACAUUUGCCUGUUUGCCAUGUUGAAGCACCGGGACAACACGAGGGAGCUAAAACUCUCCCUUCUGCGUAUACCUACCCUAACAUGGACCAGCUGUCUGAAGCACUGCCCGCUGUCCUCAAACACUUUGGGCUGCGUAGUGUGAUUGGGAUGGGAGUUGGAGCUGGAGCCUACGUUCUGGCUAAAUUUGCUCUGAAUCACCCUGAUAUGGUGGAUGGACUGGUUCUCAUCAACGUCAACCCCAGCGCUGAUGGACUAAUGGAUAGUGUUGCAAACAAGCUCACUGAAUGGACCCACACUCUCCCCGACACAGUUAUCACACACUUAUUUGGAAAGGAGGAGAUCGAGACCAACCAUGACCUCAUAGCAACAUACCGUCACCACAUAACAACAACGAUGAACCAGACUAAUGUGAGUCAGUUCAUCCGCUCCUACCACAGCCGCAACGCUCUGGAGGUGGAGAGGCCUAUUCCUGGAGGAAACAUCAAUGCCAGGACACUCAAGUGUGCCACCCUGCUGGUUGUAGGAGAUCAUUCUCCAGUUGUGGAGGCUGUGGUUGACUGCAACUCCAAACUCGACCCCACAAAGACAACACUGCUCAAGAUGGCGGACUGUGGAGGACUUCCUCAAGUGGAUCAGCCAGCCAAAGUGAUUGAAGCCUUGAAAUAUUUCAUCCAGGGCAUGGGAUACUUGUCCAGUGCCAGCAUGACCAGACUUCGCUCCCGGACAACCUCCAGCUCCAGCAUCACAUCCUUCGAUGGCUCUCGGAGCCGCUCACACACCAACGAGCUGCAGCGUGGCCGGACACUCUCACACGGCACAGAGGACAAGCGUGGGCGCUCACACACUGAUGUCUCUAUGGAGGGCAUCUCCAACAAUCACAUCGAUCAGAGCAUCGCAAAGUCCACUGAAGUGGCGUGCUAGAGCGCGCUCUGCCCUAAAUCCCAUGCACUUAACUCAAAUUAUACCUCACUAUCUUAUCCUACAUACUGUAUUUACCUACCUCUGCCCUCUUCAUCCUACCAUGCCCUUUCAUCUGCACUAUUCAUUCUAUAUACUCAUAUAUAUGUGAGCUUCUGUGUCUUUCCCGUCUAUUCCUGGCUUCCUAGUCUCUCCAUGUAACCACUCUCCUCCUCCUCAGCCUAUUAACU